UAGACUGCGUUAUAUUUGCCUUGAAUUAUUCAGGCAGAUAUGUUUUAUGGAUCAAGGCGGAGGUGCUGCGCUUUUGAACGUCCGCGAGAAUGCUGGCCAAAAUGCAAUUAACGGAAAAGGGCAGUUGGCUGACGGAGAUCCGAAGUCCCAAAAGAAGAAGCUUAUCAAACGAUCGUAAAGGUAUAAAUAUAAAGUGAUAUUUAUUAGAAUAUUAAUUCAAUUAAAUCGAGUCUUUUGUUUACUUUUCGAUCUAACGGAACUUUGCUUAUCAGUUUAUUUCACAGAUCGCGAUGAAUUUUUGUUGCUGUUUUCUUUCAGUUGCUUUUAAGCUUCUGGCGCUUGCGCAUCGGAAAGAGAAUAACAUAUUAAAAGUGAAUUAUGACUUAUUCAAUGGCAAGAUUAAAGACUUGGCUCAACUUGGAAAUUGAGACACCAGAUAAAAGACAACAACAUCGAGCUGAAUACGAAUUAAAAAUUCGAAAAAAUCCAAAAUUGAAAUUGAAACAAAGCGAAAAGUUUGUGGCAAGCAAAGCGGAAAAGGAGAAAAUCCAAGGUAAACAACAACAAGCAACUUAAAGGCCUUCGGAGCGAUAAAAGGGUCCCUUUCUUUCUCCUGAGCUCGACACAUAAAUCGGCAGGAAGAUGGAAUGACCGAAGUUCGCUUAGUUGGCCCACCAGAAAAUGCUGCCACAGCCAGCGGCAGCAGCGGCAACAAUAACAACUCAAUCAGCAAAAUUAGCGGCAACAUCAGCGCCACCGCCAGCAGCAGCAGCAGUAGCAGCUAGGAAUGGCCAGCGACGUCGCGUGGCAGCAGCAACAGAAGGCUGCAACAGCAAUAGCAACAUUGGUAACAGCAACAUCGGCAACAGCAGCAGCAUCAAGCUCAACAGCAGCAGCAGCAGCAGCAGAAACACCAACAGAGUAAGUCAAAUGCAUUCCAACGAAGAGCCACCCAUGACGGUGAUCGUCGAUGGUGGCGGUGGCAGCAACGUUGCCGGUUCCGGUGGCAGUGGCCAUCGUCGGGGCAGCCAAAGGUUGCGGAAAACCAGUUCCUCCAGUGCCAAUGUGAAGUCAUCAGCUAAUCCUGCGGAGCGGACAAGCAGCGGUCAAAGGUCAUCUCAUCGCCAGACAUCGAAUGCCUCGGGAUCCGGAGGCGAUGGUGGCGGUGGCAGUAGCAGGCGUCGCUAUCAGGGUAAGGAUCGUCAGGAUCGCCAGGAUCGUAGCGAGCGUCAUGACCGCCGGGAUCGUCAGGAUCGUCAAGAUCGUCAUGAACGCCGUGAGCGACAGCAAGAACAGCAGGUGCAGCGAAGGCGGACAGGACGCCGGCACAGUGGUGCCUCCUCGUUAAGCGAUGCUGCCGCUGCCGCAGGACGAUCGAGAGGAGGAGGAGCUGUUAGCUCUUCGACCGCCUCUAGUUGCAACGGUAGUUGCAGCUCCGACGAUGGCGACUCAUCGCACACCUCCUCCUCCAGCUCGUCGAGUUCGUCCGGCGAACCGAAUCUGCCGUAUCCGGGUUUCCCCGAGAUCUCCAUCAGGGCGCUGACGCAGUACACCCGGCCACGCAACUGGUGCCUGAUGCUCAUCACCAAUCCAUGGUUCGAGCGCGUCUCCAUCCUGGUCAUCCUGCUCAACUGCAUCACCCUCGGAAUGUAUCAGCCGUGCGUGGACGAUGCCUGUGUCACGAACCGCUGCAAGAUCCUUCAGAUCUUCGACGACAUCAUCUUCGCCUUCUUUGCCCUGGAAAUGACCAUCAAAAUGGUGGCCAUGGGUAUGUUUGGCAAGAACACCUACCUGGCGGACUCAUGGAAUCGCCUGGACUUCUUUAUUGUCCUGGCGGGUCUCUUGGAGUACGUGAUGCACGUAGAGAACCUCAAUCUGACUGCCAUCCGGACAAUUCGCGUGCUGCGUCCCCUGCGAGCCAUCAAUCGUAUACCGAGUAUGCGUAUCCUGGUGAUGCUUCUGCUGGACACCUUACCCAUGCUCGGCAAUGUCCUGCUGCUGUGCUUCUUUGUGUUCUUCAUCUUCGGGAUCAUUGGAGUCCAGCUGUGGGAGGGUAUCCUGCGACAGCGCUGUAGUCUGAUACUGACCGAAGGCAUGGUCUAUCCCCUCACGGUUCCUGAAGUGUACAGAGUUCGAGUCCGAGUUAACUCCCUGUCGCAGUACUACGAAUUCUCCAAGGAUCAGGACUACAUCUGCUCAACGCCCAACGAUUCAGGGAUGCACCUAUGCGGAAACUUUCCACCCUAUCGCAUUGGCUCGCUGGUCUGCAAUGAGGAGGCCAAGCUGUUCGACUUCAAUGAGCCAACGAACACGUCCUGCGUGAAUUGGAACCAGUACUAUACCACCUGCAAGCAGAGCGGCAAGAAUCCCUUUCAGGGCACGAUAUCGUUCGACAACAUCGGUAUGGCCUGGGUGGCCAUUUUCCUGGUCAUCUCGCUGGAGGGCUGGACGGACAUAAUGUAUUACGUGCAGGAUGCGCACAGCUUUUGGGAUUGGAUAUACUUUGUGCUGCUGAUUGUGAUUGGUUCGUUUUUCAUGAUCAACCUGUGCCUGGUCGUCAUCGCCACGCAAUUCUCGGAGACAAAGAAGCGUGAAAUGGAGCGUAUGCGCCAGGAGAGGGCAAGGUACACCUCUACCUCCACCUUGGCCAGCAGCACAAACAACUCAGAGCCGGCCACCUGCUAUGCGGAGAUCGUCAAAUAUAUUGCCCAUCUGUGGCGGCGCUUCAAGAGACGAAUGUUAAAGAAGUACAGAUUAUAUAAGUACCAGCGACAGCAGCGCAAGGAGGGCCUACUGCCCAAUGCCGACAAUUUGACCUUCUCGCCGUCGCGGAUCAAGUGCCAUCAUCCCAAGUGCCCCAAGUACAGUAAUCGCAAGCCGUCCAGCAUUCAGGAUCAGAUGAUUACCGUCAUGGUGCCCCUUAACUCGGCCAGCAACAAUAAUAAUAAUAACAACAACAACAGCACGAGUAGCAACCACAAUGGCAGUGGCAAUCACAGUGGUGGCAAUAACAACAACAAUGCGGCCAGCUGCACCACAGUGGCUCUGGUCAAUGGGAUAAAUGGUAGUGCCGCAAGUGUAACCAUGUCCUCGGCUCACCAUCAGCAACAUCAAAUGUUGCAACACCAACAGCAGCAGCAACAGCAACAGCAACAGCAGCAGCAGCAACAGCAUUCCUCCUCCGACAAUACAGAACAAUCGCUGGCCGCUGACGGAUUACCCAGAAGUUCCUCACUGAAAAAGUCCGCUGCCCAUCAUCAACUGAAGCCCGAGGGCAGUGCCGGUGAACAGAAGACAAUCCUGCUCAAGUUUCCCCAGCAGAUGAUUGAUUCCGAGCAGCUAAUUCUGCAGUUGGGAAAUUUAGGCAAGAGUCAUCCGUGCACCUCGGGCUUCCUAAGUCCGCCCACCUCGGCCAGCCGAAGACCAUCGGUGAUGUUCAAUGAGUACGUGUUGCUGCAUACGCCCCCAGCCCUCAAUGCAGAUCCAGCGGCAACAGGAACUACCUCUACGGUGGCCACAACUGUAGCAACCGUUGCAGGAACGGCAGCGGCGGCCGCAGCAGCAGCUGCUGCAGCAGCGGCGGCAAAUUCCGGUGGUAAUUCCGGACUCCACAACCAUCAGAAUGGUGCCAAUGGUGGUGCCAGCGGAGUGGGUGGAGCAGGAGGCGCCGGUGGAACCACUGAGAAAAGCAACAUCUUCUCCACGGAAAAGAUGACCCAAGCUGGCGAUGGCAGCAUCUGGCAGGUUAAUCUACCUCAGACCAUCGGCACCAUUGCCAAUCCCUAUGCCGAUUGCUCUGAACUGGGUAUACACGAUGCGAUGACUUGUCAAGAGCUCUUAGCAUUCUCUGUGGCCUUUUCAGCGGCCUUGCCGACGGGUCAGAGUACGCUAGAGUCCUUCUACACAUCGCUAGCCCGCUGCGAUCCACAUACCGCCGAGGCGUUGCGAGCUCACCACAAGCCGCGUUCCCUGCCCACUGGCCAAAACCAAACACCACCGGGAGGUGAGGGAGCUACAGUGAUGGUUGCCUCAACGGCCGGUGAUCCCGGCCAGACACUUGAACCCUCGACAGUGUCAGCUGUUGUGGGACCCAUAGACAACCAGGCGGCGAAUCAUCGUCGCAAAGAGCACCACCAGCAGUCGCACCACCAUCACAACAACAACAAUACCACCAGCCACAGUCGGAAUUAUCGCUCACGGCAAGGACAGGGUAAUUCUCGAGUACGAGAAUCCCGUCCACCUACUGGCAACUAUAUGGAGGACUAUGCCUGCUGCUAUGAUCUCUACCAGAACGCCCUGUCACCACUGGACGAGCGACCCAGACAGAGAUCACCAACGACUCGGUGUCUGAUCGCCGUCUAUCGUUGCAUGUCGCGUGUCUGCAGCUGGGUACGUCGCUAUAUUAAGCGACUGGUGGAGCACAAGUACUUCCAGCAGGGCAUUCUGUUGGCCAUCCUGAUAAACACCCUGUCCAUGGGCAUCGAAUACCACAACCAACCGCCGGAGCUGACCGCUAUUGUUGAGACUAGCAACGUCGUCUUCUCCGGCAUCUUUGCCGUUGAGAUGCUGCUGAAGGUUGUUGCUGAGGGUCCAUUCCGGUAUAUUGCCAAUGGAUUCAAUGUAUUCGAUGGCAUCAUCGUCAUUCUCAGUGCCAUUGAAAUCUGUCAGACGUUCAUGGGCAAUGGGACUGGAGGCGGUGGAUCCGGUUUGUCCGUGCUGCGGACCUUCCGGUUACUCCGAAUCCUCAAGCUGGUCCGCUUCAUGCCCAACCUGCGACGCCAGCUAUUCGUGAUGCUGCGCACAAUGGACAACGUGGCCGUGUUCUUCUCUCUGCUCGUCUUGUUUAUCUUCAUCUUCAGCAUACUCGGCAUGUAUCUGUUUGGCGGUAAGUUUUGUAAAUUUUUGGACGAAUCCGGACUCGAACGCGAGUGCACGUGUCCCGAAAUAAUCAGCCGGCAUCCGCAAUGCGAGUGCGAUCGCAAACACUUCAACAACAUUUUGUGGGCCACAGUCACAGUAUUCCAAAUUCUGACGCAAGAGGAUUGGAACGUCGUCCUGUUCAACGGAAUGGAAAAGACAAGUCAUUGGGCCGCAUUGUACUUUGUGGCACUAAUGACAUUCGGCAAUUAUGUGCUAUUUAAUUUAUUGGUGGCCAUUUUAGUUGAGGGAUUCAGUUCAGAGCGAAAUGAACGUCGCGAGCGUGAACAGCGCGAGUUGGUUAAGAAAUUGCGCGAGGAGACGCUGGCCGAGAACUAUAGCGAUGGUAUGUACGAUGAGUCGCGGAGCGAGGCGGACUCCUCGACCACCAACGAUAGUUACUACGAGGUGCGCAACCGCUGGCGAUCGGCGGAGGAUGUGCGCAAGCUUCAGGACUCCGCCGAGCUGAUCAUCGAGGCAAAGAGCAACAUGCACCGCCAGCGCCUGCUGCAGCCCACCCACGACUACCAGAUCAACGAGCUGCCCGCCUCGUCUGCUGCUCCUUCCGCCUCUGGCACUUCCGGCGCCACCGCAUCUGGCGAGCGUGAAAGGGACAGGGAUAGGGAGCGGGACAGAGAGUCGGGCGGCGGCGGCGGCGGCAAGGAGGAGGGGGCGCAGCAUGCCAAGCCGCGCGGCGGCCUCAAAAAGACAUACUCCAUCAAGGAGCGGCGUAGCGAGGCGCCACGCCUCUCCAAAAUCCGGCUCGUCCGGGAUCCGCCCAUCAUCACGACAACGGCAGCCACGCCGCAGGAUUCCCCUAGCACUACUUUGGAGCCGGGCAUGAGCUUCCGCCAGUGGGGCGAUAUGGAACCACCCAGUCCGCCCUCCCCUUCUCUAUUGCGGCCGCCGAACAUCUUUACGGGCGGACAACGAAGUCUGGACGAAGGGAUACCCUCCAUCGAUCUCAUCCCGCCCUCGCCUGUGCUUUCCCACAAGCCCCUGAACAUCCUCAAUGCCAGCCAGCUAGGGGUGGGCGUGGGCAUGGGAGUGGGUGUCACUAGCACCGCUGGCAGUUCGGCUAGCAUGCACAGCGUGAUCAUCGACGACAUCUCGAAGAGCUCCAGUUCGACGGCGGCGGCUACGCCCAUUUAUGUACCCACCAUCUCGUCCUCAGCGGAGGCACAGAGUCAGAGUCACAGUCUUAACGAUGUGAGCGUGGGUGAGAUUCCCAUAACGGGAAUUGGAAGAGGUACCAACACAGGAGCCUCGACAAGUGGGAGUUCGUCUAGUGAACGCCUGCCGCUGGCUCCACCUCCUCAGGGGAGUUUUAAGCAGCGAUUGAGACGUGGCAGCUCCAAGAAACGCCGAUCCUCCGCUUUGGCCCUGACCAACGAGGAUAAUCCUUCACGAAGGACUCAGGAUGAGGAGGAAGAGCAACAGCAACUCAAUAAUGGUGGCGACAACAGCUUUUUGCUAAGAAGCGGCAACGCUGUGGUCAGUGGUCCCUCCUCGGGUUCCAAGGAAACCAAUCGCCUAAGUCCACAGAACUCCAUAAGGAGACUAUCAAAUACCCUGAGCAUAGGCAGCGGACCUGCGGGCAGUCGUCGGGCUUCGGCAUGCAUUUUCAACUCGCAGGUCUAUCAGAAUCUAAAUCAGCCGCCCAAACUGCGCCCAGGUUCUGGGCAACGUAGGAUGAGCUCCAUCGAACUGGCUUUCAGCAAGACCUCGCAUCUGAAUCUGCAUAACUUGGAGGCCAACCGGAAGUCGCUCUCGUACACGAACUCGAAGAUGGACCUGGACAAGUGGAACAAGUCGUACGGCAAUCUCAACGAGCCGGAUAACAUGCUGCAACAGUACAUGGAGGCGCGGGACAAGCGCAAGAACUCCAUUAGCCAUUACAAUCUGAAGAAGCGGCUCGAGGAGAAGGAACUGCAGCAGCUGCAGCAGCUCCAUCAGCAGCAGCUGCUCCAGCAACGGCAGGAUUCCUUCUCCUCGACCACCCAGCAGCAGCAGCAACAGCACCGCUUGUCCAAGGAUCAGCAGCAGCUGGCGAUGCAGCCACAUUCCAUGGUGCCAGGAGGCGGCGAACGCUUCUCCAAGCUCAAAAUGCUCAUCGAGCAGCUGACGCCCAAGCAUUUUACCACCGAGCGCGAGGACUACUCGCUCUACAUAUUCCCAGAGAACAACAGGUUCCGGCAAAUCUGUACGUGGUUUGUCAACCAAAAAUGGUUCGACAACGUGGUCCUGCUGUUUAUUGCGCUCAACUGCAUCACCCUGGCCAUGGAAAGACCAAACAUCCCUCCAAGCAGCACCGAAAGAUUGUUCCUGGCAACAGCCAAUUACGUGUUCACCGUCGUCUUCACCGUCGAAAUGUUUAUCAAGGUGGUGGCAACGGGAAUGUUUUACGGCCACGACGCCUACUUUACGUCCGGCUGGAAUAUCAUGGACGGAUCUUUGGUUACCAUAUCCAUAAUUGAUUUGUUAAUGUCCCUGAUUAGCGAAUCGAGUCCGAGGAUAUUUGGGAUUUUAAGGGUGUUUCGACUACUCCGAUCCUUGCGGCCGCUGCGGGUGAUCAACCGAGCCCCGGGUCUGAAACUAGUCGUGCAAACGCUCUUAUCGUCCCUGCGUCCCAUCGGCAACAUCGUCCUGAUCUGCUGCACCUUCUUCAUCAUCUUCGGCAUCCUGGGCGUUCAACUGUUCAAGGGCACCUUCUACUACUGCGAGGGCGAGAAUAUCAAGGGCGUGCGUAAUGCGGACGAGUGUCGAAGUAUACCCGGCAACGUGUGGACCAACCGCAAGUACAACUUUGAUGAUUUGGGCAAGGCCCUGAUGUCCCUGUUCGUCCUGAGUUCACGCGAUGGCUGGGUCAACAUUAUGUACACCGGUCUGGAUGCCGUAGGCGUGGACCAGCAGCCCAUCGUCAACUACAAUGAAUGGCGACUCUUGUACUUCAUAGCCUUCAUUCUCUUAGUGGGCUUUUUCGUGCUAAACAUGUUCGUGGGCGUGGUGGUGGAGAACUUCCAUCGAUGUCGUGAGGAGCAGGAGAAGGAGGAGAAGAUUCGGCGAGCGGCGAAGAGGGCUCUGCAGAUGGAGAAGAAACGGCGACGAAUGCACGAGCCACCGUACUACACAAACUACUCACCCACCAGGAUGUUCGUGCACAACGUGGUGACAUCGAAGUACUUCGAUCUGGCCAUUGCUGCAGUGAUUGGCCUGAAUGUGGUCACCAUGGCCAUGGAAUACUACAAGAUGCCCUCAGGUCUCAAGUACGCCCUGAAGAUCUUCAACUACUUCUUUACCGCGGUGUUCAUACUGGAGGCCAACAUGAAACUUGUGGCCCUGGGCUGGAAACUGUAUCUGAAGGACCGCUGGAAUCAGCUGGAUGUGGGCAUUGUUCUGCUAUCCAUAGUGGGAAUUGUCCUGGAAGAACUGGAAACGAACAUAAUACCCAUCAAUCCGACGAUUAUCAGAGUAAUGAGGGUCCUGCGAAUUGCCAGGGUAUUGAAACUCUUAAAAAUGGCCAAGGGAAUACGCGCCCUAUUGGACACCGUGAUGCAGGCUCUGCCGCAAGUGGGCAACCUUGGACUUCUGUUCUUCCUGCUAUUCUUCAUAUUUGCGGCAUUGGGCGUGGAGCUUUUCGGGCGACUCGAGUGCUCCGAUGAGAUACCCUGCCAGGGAUUGGGCGAGCACGCGCACUUCGCCAACUUUGGCAUGGCUUUCCUCACAUUGUUUCGCGUAGCGACUGGCGAUAAUUGGAACGGCAUCAUGAAGGACACGCUGAGGGAUAAUUGCGAUGACGCGGCCGAUUGCGUUCGCAAUUGCUGCGUCAGCUCGGUUAUUGCUCCCAUAUUCUUUGUGAUAUUCGUGCUGAUGGCGCAAUUCGUGUUAGUGAACGUCGUCGUGGCUGUACUGAUGAAACACCUCGAGGAGAGCCACAAGCAAAUGGAAGACGAGCUCGACAUGGAGGUGGAGCUCGAGCGUGAGCUGGUGCGCGAGCAGGAAUUCGCCCAGGAGCAAAAGUUGUGCCAGCAGCUGGCGGAGGCGCAAUCGAAGGCGGCCGCUCCCCCGCGCCCCCUGGCCAAGGUCAAAUCGCUACCAAAGAACUUUAUAUACAGUACACCCUCGCUGGACAAGAAGUUUCCAGUUGCCGGUGGUACCGGCAUCGUAACCACACUGGGUGGCAAUCCCAGUUCGAGUCUAACCAGCUCGGCGGCCACGAAUCUGAAUCUGGUGGCCGGUGGUACAGCAACAACGAGCGGGGGUGCGGGCUCUGGAGCGGUAUCUGCGGCAUCUGGAGCUGGACAACGACGGCAGACCGUUCAGUAUUUCCAGCAGCCACCACAAUCCAUGCUCGGCUUGAGUCUCGCCGAAAUGGGCGGCACGCUGACGCCUCAGGCGCUCGGCGCACGGCUGGGCGAGCCAUUCGGCGGCACAGCGACGGCAGCGGGAGGCGUUGGAACGGGCGAACCGCUGGCUGUUGGCGUGGCCGGCCUCCCGCUACCGCCGUUGGACAAUCGCCGCCGCGGGCGUCGUGCCUCCGCGGCCGCCGGCUUCCGUAAGCGCGGCGUGCUGUCCAAGGAGCGCUCAUUGGACGAGCAGGCCAUCCGACGACGGAAUCUGGAGGCCAAGCGCACCAGCUGCGACUCGCUGCCCUGGGGCGGAGAUGCCCUCGACUGUCGGAGGGGCACGAUCUUCGAGAGCCUCGAGUCGGAUGGAGGAGGCGCUGGGGGUGGUGGUGGUGGUUCCUACGAUAUACGGAGUGUCCGCAGUGCCGAUGUGGGGCACUUGGAGGCGGAUGGGGAUGUAUCACUAUCGGUGGUUAGUGCUCUGGUUCCCCCUGUUAACCCACUGCCCCCGCCCAUGUCCUUGCCCAUAGCAACGCCCACGCCCUUGCCUAUGGCCAUGCCAUUACCAUUGCCGGCACAUCCUUCACACCCUCCACCGCGAAGACCCUUUGGAUGGUCACAGUCCGUGGAUCAAGGAUGUAUGAGAAGCAGUCUAUUACUUUCUGUUCCCAGAUCCAUGCCGCCACGCAGUCGCAGUGGCAGCACCAAGCAGCUCUUUAAGCAGCAGGCUUUGGACGAGGACGCUGACAUGGACGAGAGCUCGCUGCUGCUGCCCACAGCUGCAGGGGGAUCUGGUUUAGGAUCAGGGCCAGGAUCAGUGGCAAUUAUUGCCUCGAGCUCGCUGGACAUCCCAGAUCUGGGCGGCAGCUCGAAACCUCUGCCCGAUAUCGCAGCGGGAGUUAGUAAGUCCGACUCCUCGGACAUCCUGCGCAUCAUCAGCGAACGGAGGCGCAUGGAUCAGCGGGAGCAGAGGGACCCCGAACAGGAUCAGGACAACGAGCCAGAGGAUAGGGACAGUGACUAUAAAGAGCUUCUUCUGGUCAAGUCCCCGCAAUCCUCCAUGGACUAAAUGCAAAAACACACACACACACACACACACACACUGUCUAGUAACAAGUAGGUAUCUCUAACUAGGGCCAGGAUUACACAUAUAAUAAUGAUUACUGUAGAGCUGAUUAACAGUUGCCAAGCUAUGGAAAGCCCGAACUUUUGGAAAACACCCAGGGUAUGUCUUUUCCAAUGCUAUACACUUGAAAGGAGCUUACUUUGAAGUAGAAACUUCUAUAAUCGAUGUAACGUAAGCCUGGCCGCCAUUAAAGAAUACUUUAGGGAAUUUUCUAAAAACUAUAACUAUAACAUUAGGCUUUAGGCAUAAAGAUCGAUCAGUGUGGUGAGAAAAAAAAACACAAAUAAUGAUUAAUCGCUAGCUAUAUACUAUACUUUAAACGAUAAAUGGUAAAUGGUAAAUGGUAAAUGGUUAAUGGUUAAUGGCAAAAACUCUUAGCCACAUAAACGAAAAUAUAAAAAGCAGUAAAAUAAACUUGAAAGCAAAGAAAAGUAAAGUAAAGUAAAAGCUAGUAAACUAAAUUGUCAACUGUUUUUAGUGCAAUCCUACGGUUUUCAUAACUUUAACAAGGCAGAACUUAUUAGAAAAACCAAAGAAGAAGAGAAACUAUAAAGAAGAAAAAUUAAAGAAGAAAAACCGAAAGUCGAGAAGAUAGCUAAGUUUCAAAGUUGAUUAGAGUGUUUUCCGUUUAAAUGUAGCAGUCAAAAAAUGAAAAAAAAAAGAAGAAACCAAUGAUUACCCAGACAGACGAUGGUGAUGAUGAUGGAUUAUAUACAAGUGUUAUAUGCGAUUUACAUAUAUAUACAGUUAUAUUACAUAUACAGUUACUUAUAGGGAUACUGCAUUCGAAACAAAAAUGAUGGAAAUUUGUGAACAAAGAAUCAUCAACUCUGUGAUUAGCUCUUAAAGUUUAAACGUUUAUAUGAGAAGCCAUGCAGACACCAAAAAACAUAAACUAAAAACUUAAACAGUAACAACAACAACAACAACACAAACAGACACACCACCACACGCUAUCUGUAUAUAUAGAAGGCCUGUAUGUAAACGUAUGUGUAUUCGAGAGUAUUUUACGUAUGUGUAUGUAGCUAAGCCAAGGUUAAAACUAAAGGAAUGAUAUACCAAAUAGAGCCAUCUGAGCGAACACAUUGAUAAGCAAUAGAGAACUGUAGCUCAUAAGAUCGUACCUAAACUUAAAACACGAAAAAAAUGCUGCGUUGUUCCAGGGUCAAGAGUACACAACCCAACAAAAACAAAAACCAACAAAAAAGAAUACGGAAAACGGGGAAACCAAAAAAAUAUAUGAACUUUGUGCAAACGAAUUUACUUAGGUACUUAAACACACACACACACACUAUCACACAACCCACAACCCACAUACAGUUAGCUAUUACGAUCUGGUCGACAAUCUUUGCUAAAGCCCCAAUGUCUGUCUCUCUGUACGAGUAUCUCCCCCCUAAAGGCUUCCAAAACAAACUUCUAGAACCCGAAAACAAAGAACAGACAUCCGAAAAAAAAAAAACAGUGCCAACGCAGUAAGGGUAUCCAAGAUGUUUUUUUUUUAAAUAUACAUACAAAAUAUGAUAUAACUCUCGAACCUAAACGGAUAAAGAAAAAGGAAAGCAAAGAUGGCAAGAGCUAGAACUACAAGAAGAACUUUAAAAAGUAGCAUUUAUAAAGGGAAAUAAAAAUAAAAAAAAAUCAAGAGAAAUGUAGUAGAAAUUUAAAGAUUAAUGUUUAAUGACUAUAUAUAGUGUAUAUAUGGAACUAUCAACGAAUUACAAUAGAGUAUCAAGAUAUUUCUUCAGAAGGCAUAACUAGAACAAGACAAAGAAAAUAGAAAUGAGGAAAUGAGGAAAUGAGGAAACGAGAAGAACACUAACUUAACACUGUCAAUUUUUCAACAUGGUCUAAGCUAAUUUUUCAAGGAAAACCAAAAGGAAAUAAGAAUGAAAACAAUUUUACACUCUUUGUACACACUGUAAAAAAUAAUGUGAAGGAGCUCUCCAGUUUAGAUAAACUUUAAAAUCAAACUUAGCAAACGAUUCGGUCGAAGGCGAGGAGGAAUAUGAAGAAGCAACAAAUUUAAUUAUACGAUAAUUUCAUCUGUGCCUUUCUCUACGAAUAUAUAUAUACAGACAUUUAUAUAUAGCAAAUGUAUCAGAUACUGUCUCUAUCUCUUUCUACGCUCCAACUCCCUAUUUCUAUCUAACACUCGCACACACCACACACACAAACUCAACAAACACCGGAAACUCACUAAAACUCACUAAAACUCACCAUACUCUACAUACACCACACCACACCACACCAACACAGACACCAAGCAGUGCGAAAGCAGUAACGGUGAUGGCAAGCAGUGCCUCGCGUAACUAAAUAUGCAAUUCUGAAAACUAUUUACGAGGCAGAAGAAAGGAUUAAAUACGAAGAACAAAAAGAAAAACAAAACAAAUUAACUACUUAAGCCUAUUGAUAAAUGAAAACCGAAAAUACAAAAAUAAAAAAAAAAAAAGCAACACGGAAGUAAAAAUACAAAUAAAAUUAAACGAAAGCAUGAAGUUUUUAGGUUAAUGCGCUAGUAGUUUUGAACGUUUUUUUUGUAAUUUUUUAAUGUAGCCGCUUUGAAGUAAACCAAAUGAAACUAUAUUCGUUUUUGGUUUUAGUUGUGUGUGUCUGUUUCUUUGUGCGAAGCGUAAAGCAACUAUAAAGAACGUUUCUUCUUGUUGAUUAAUAAUUAGGUAAACUGCUACAAAAACAUAAGUUAAUUAAAAUGGUAAACACAAGAAAUCUUAAAGGAAAACUGAAAAACAGAAAACCGAAAACCGAAAACCGAAAACCAAAGCCAACAACAAAAUUAGAAAAAAGUUCAAUUUAAAAAAAAAAUUAAAAAGCCAUUAACGGCUAACGAAAUGCGAAAGUAAGCAGAUUUUGCUUUUAGCUCCAUGCCCAUGCUGGUACAAAUGAUAACGCCGGUAAACCAUUGAUUCUUUGCAAAGUAAAAUAAGCCAAUUAAAUGUGAAAUUGUUUAGGAAAGGACAUAGGAAACUAAGCACUAUCCUCUGCUGCAAAUAGCCAAUAGCCAAGUUGUAAUCAUUUCGUUGCGUGUCCUUUGCGUAUAAUUUGAAUGGUUCGAUUGGUUCCACUAGAUACGUACAUAUAUACUGAGAACACAUACUAUGUAAAGCAGCGAAACAAAAC